AUAUAAGAACUGUCCCUGUGGGUUGGUUCGGUAUUUGAUUUUUCUUAGCUCAAUCCGGAAGUGUCUGAAACCAACACGCCAAGACCAUGUGAAAAUUGUAAGCACGCAAAACAAAUGGCAUGCACCAACGACAAUAAUAAUGUCCAUUCGGUGAACUACCCUUAUAAGAGAAACCAAUUGUCUCAACCCCCCAGCCAACCACUUUAACACCCCUUCAUUGAAUCCCUUGGCCCUUAUAAGCUCUUUACCAUUAUAUUUAGUCUCCUCCAUCCUCUCAAUCUGGAAAUCAAGACCCAAUUUGCUUAGACCUGACAACAGAAAUGGCUCUAGUUGUGGAAGACAGGCGUGCAGGUGCUGAGAUUGUGCAUGGAGCUGAAGAGUGUUACCAACAGUCCAUUGAUCUCUUGGAAGAGCUGGGAUUUCCUAAAGGGGUUCUUCCCCUGCAAGACCUGGUGGAGUGUGGUAGGGUGAAGGAGACUGGGUUUGUGUGGAUGAAGCAGAAGGCGCCAUACGAGCACUUCUUUACUGGGUCCAACACGCGUGUGAGCUACGCGACGGAGGUGACUGCGUAUGUGGAGAAAGGCAGGAUGAAGAAGAUGACUGGGAUCAAGAGCAAGCAGGUAUUUCUUUGGGUGCCGAUCACUGAGAUGAUCAUGGAAGAGCCAUCAACCAAGAAGAUCACUUUCAAGACUCCGAUGGGGAUCGGGAAGACUUUUCCGGUCACUGCUUUCAUGACUGAGGAGGAGAAGCAGAAGUUUCUGGAGAAUGGUAACGAGUGAAGUAAACUUGGAAUAUCUAGUAUGUAAACGGUGGUUAAUUUCGACUAUGAUAACCUCCGGACAUGAUUGGUGAUUCUGUCUGGACAAAUCAAAAUCGGCAGUCUUUGCAGACAUAAUGUGCUGGUGAUUCAUACUUGUAAUUUCAUUUUCUGAUUCUAUGAAUGUUAUUUUCGAGUUAAUGAUAUGAAAUGAUUGUAG